AUGCACGCUGCCGGACCCCGCGCGCACCAUCAGGGCUCGCUCCGGUCGCGCGCUGCGCCACAGUCGCGGACGAGCGCACGGCGAUCGCCCCGGGUCCUCGAAGCGCUGCAACGACCCGCCCACGCGCGCCACUGCCAGGCACCUAGGAGACAAGCGGCCGAGCGCACGCAGGCCGCCUUGCUCGGGCGCAGGGGGGUCGCGCGCCGUCACACAGCCGCGGCACCGAGCCCGCAGCGCGCAGGGAUGCCGGUCUCCGCGCAGCACACGUGGGAGGAGGAGGAUGGUUCGCUGGUGGUGCAUGUGCGGGUCGCCGGGGUGCCGCGCAGCAAGAUCGACGUGUUCGCGUCGGACUGCUACAUCAAGGUCAACGCGCCGCCGUACUUCUUCCAAGUCGACCUGAGGGGCGAGAUCGACGAGGAGCAGAGCGCCGCGACCAUCGAGCCCUCCGGCAUCGUCUUCCGCGCAGUCAAGGUGAGCACCCCGCGCCCGCGACCAGCAUGCCCCCGCGCGCCCGCCGCCGCCUCCCGCAGCGAGCUUGCGCUCAGACGACCGCGGCCGGAUGCCCACCGACCGGGGCCGGGCGCGGGCGCGGCCGUGGGAGCGGCGGGGCGCGGGCGCCUGCCUGAAAUGCGCUGCCAGGACAGGCGCCCCGCAGCGCGUCGCCCACGCCGCCACUCGCACCGUGCUUAG